AUGCCAAGAUCGUUUCGUGCAGGUUCACCAUUGCCAAUUGAUCCGGAAAUUGAGAAAACCGCAAAGAAGCUAAGAAAGCAAGAUAAGCUUCGAAAGAAGCAAGGCGUAUCUACUUCUUCACCGGUUCUCAAUAUUUGGAAAGAUAUUGAGUUGUCAUCCGAUUCGGAAGACCAAACGGAGGACGAAGAAGAGAAAGUUCAUUCUGAGCAAGAAGAACCGGUAAUCGAGACUGAAGAGGAAAUGGCGAAUCCCAAACGCACUUUAAGGGAAUGGGCAGCACCCAACGUCGCCGAGCAACCUCUUUGCAUUACUUAUCCGCCAGAAGAGGUAAAUGCUGAACUUAAAACUGGUUUAAUACACUUACUACCUCGUUUUCAUGGUUUAGCUAAUGAAGACCCGUACAAGCAUAUGACCGAGUUCCACAUGGUGUGCUUGGGGAUGAAGCCACAAGGCAAGACGGUGGAGAAUCUUAAGUUGAAGGCAUUUCCAUUCUCCCUAGUUGACGCAGCUAGGGAGUGGCUUUUCUACUUACCGCCGGGAUCCAUCACCACUUGGGAGCAAAAGAGGCAAGAGCAUUCCUCGACAAGUAUUUUCCCGCAUCCAAAGCCGCCGGGCUUAGAAGAGAGAUAUGUGGGAUCAAGCAGAAGGACAUGGAAUCUUUAUACGAGUUUGCUACCAAUGGAAAGAAAGAUGAUGGAUGCUGCGAGUGGAGGAGCUAUUGUGAACAAGACGCCAACUCAAGCAAGGACCUUGAUAGACACCAUGGCGGAAAACUCCAAGCAAUUUGGAGUUCGAAGUGACAUUGGCCGAGGCGCUAGUGAGGUACAUGUUAAAUCAUUAGAGACUAAAAUAACUGAUUUAACUAACCUUGUGAAACAACUUGCCAUGGGUAAUAUGCCUCAAGUCCAGGCAUGCGGAUUUUGCUCAUCAGUGGCACACCCCACCGAUGCAUGCCCGACCUUACAUGAAGAAGAAGAGCAAGUGAAUGCCAUUGGGGGUGGCAACUUUCAGAAUUCAAGCAACCGGGCGCCCGACCCUUUCUCAAGCACAUAUAACCCCGGUUGGAGGCAACAUCCGAAUCUAAGCUAUGCCCCGAGGCAAGGACAAGGACAAGGUCGACAAUUUCAGCAAAGAGUGAAUAAGGGUAAGUUGCCAUCUCAAACGGAGACGAAUCCGAAGGCAAAUGUGAGUGMUGUCACUUUGAGAAGCGGAAAGGAGCUUCAAGAGGUUGGAAAUAAGAAGAAGGAAAAGGUUCAUGAGGAAGAAGAAGAGUUAGAGGUCAAGACAUCCACUUCGGGUGCAAAGGAUGUCAAAGAAGAGGAGUCAAAGAAGAAGACACUCGAAGUGAUAGUUCAAGCACCGCCAUUCCCGAGCCGGUUCGAGAAGACAAAGCGGGAGAGUGAAGAGAAGGAGAUCCUUGACACAUUUCGGAAAGUUUAG